AUGCUCGACGACGGGGACGGCAUCAUCACCUCCGAGGAGCUCAUCAGGGGCGUCGCGCGGCUGAAGGGCCCCGCCGGCAGCAUGGACCUGCUGAAGUUGAUGGAAGACGUCCGGGCGGUCAUAGGCAAAGUCCACACGGAGCUGAAGAGCCAGAGCUCCAUGCUGUCCAUGUCACAGUCCCUCUCGCUCAACCUUCACGAAGGGCUCUCUCGGUCCCAGACUCCCGAGCCGCUGCGCCGAGCACUGCAGCAGCGCGGCGAGUAUCGCUUGGAGCCGGCUGGGGUGCUGAGGCAGACGUGGAGCGUCUACCUCUGCAUGGGCGCUUCUCCGAGCAGCCCGAGCGUAAGAAGCGUUUGA